AUGUCUCUGCGGCUUCUCAAGCGACCAAUCAGCCUUGCAUCGAGGCCUGAAAUUUCUCAGUUUCGUUUGCAAUCUGGCCUGGCGCAAUUGAACAAUGACCUCACCUCGUUCCCUUCUCGGUGGUUCGCUGAUCUACAAGCCCAGUUGAAGCAUUUCACCAGCGAUCACUACCCAGCCAGCUGCGUUCAAGAAGCCAAGCGACAGUUGGUAUCGAAUGAAGAAAAUUGGCUGCAACUCUUGGCAGGACAGCAGGGGUUUCUGACCGAUAAGAAAUGGCGAGGUCUCGAUAACCACCAGCUCCUUUGGGGUGACAUGGAUAGCAUGCCUCUAGAGUUCCCAGACCACAUCACUGUAUUGUAUAAAUUGCUUGAAGCUCCAACCAAUGAGUCAACAUCACUCAAGAUGGAAGCUUGGAUUCUAUCAGAGCAAUACCGCCGCCUGGCAGCACGAUGCAUCGACGACACCGUCAUUUAUGAAUAUACUACAGCCAAGAAGACGGUCCUGAAGCCGUUCAUGGUAGACAAGUUUCAGCAAACAUUUAGUAUGCAACAGGCGAACCAGAGGAAGUAUACGGAUCAGGCAAAAAGAGCAAUUCAGGAAGCCGAGGAGCUUCAGAUGAAGUACAAAUAG